AUGGCAUCUCUCCAUCAUCUGACACCGUUCAGCUCGACGAGACCAACACUGGUUACCGCUCAACAUUCUCAAGUCCGUCAAGAGGCAGAGUACAUCCAGGAGCGUAUAGCCGCUGCGGAGUGCCUGUACAGACGACUAACGGCAGAGAUAACAAAGACGCAACACAGACUGGUGGAAGCUCGAAAACAUAAGAGUUCCGAUGGGCUGACAAAUUCUUUGAAAAGGAGCAUCAGAAAGAAGCGAUCACGUCUGAACCGAUGUGUGAAGAACCGCCAGGCGUUUGAGGCAAGAUUGGCCACUAUCUUUGCUGAGAUGGACAGAAUGGAGCAACGACAAUGGCGCCACAGCUCUCCGAACCUCCCCGACUUUGGGAGAUCUCAUGUCCCUGAGGAUAGGAAUGCCUCGAUAGCAGUGCCGAGCUGGACGACCUCGUACAUGUCAACCCCAUCAGUCAGGAGCACUGUGCAGACUCUCGAUAUACCGACUAUUCCAAUGCAAUUGCAAUCCCUUCACCAUGCUGUUCCUAUUCACACUCCCCAGACACCCGUCAUACGUCCAACGCAGUUUUCGCAGAUAACAUUAGGCCGUCCGCACGAGCAAGACUUGGGUUUCUCUCAAGCUGGCAAUGAUGCUGUGAUCAGCCCAAGUGAUACAGUUUCUUCUUAUGAAUUGAAUUCACCAAACGGUUUUCCAGUCACUUACAUUCCUGCCGCCCAUCAAGCUGACGUGCUCGACGCGCUGCAUCGGAUGCACAUCUCUACACCGCAGGAGUCUCAUACGCAGCCUUCGAGUAUACCAACCACAGCGAUAGGGCAGGGCAAUAUCGAUUUUUCUCAUCGUCUCCGCAUGUUUGAUCACCAAAGUGCCGCGUUUCGACUGGAGAGAGCGGCCAGAAAGCACAAGGGCCACCGGUCGUGCUAG